AGCGCUUUAUUAUUUUGGAAGCCGCUGAGAAGACAAACGUGACUGAAUUAAUUUAAAAGUUUUGUAAAGAAAUACUUAUAGAAUUCCUAAACAUGGAUGAUGAUGCGGAAACCUACAAACUUUGGCGCAUUCGCAAGACCGUGAUGCAGCUUAGUCACGACCGGGGCUACCUCGUAACGCAAGAUGAACUGGAUCAAACGUUGGAACAGUUUAAGGAACAAUUUGGUGAUAAACCUAGCGAAAAGCGACCAGCACGCUCUGACCUUAUCGUCCUGGUGGCACACAACGAUGAUCCUACGGAUCAGAUGUUCGUGUUCUUUCCGGAUGAACCGAAGAUUGGAAUCAAAACAAUCAAAACAUACUGUACCCGCAUGCAAGAGGAAAACAUUCACCGGGCCAUCGUAGUGGUACAGGCCGGCAUGACACCGUCGGCAAAGCAAUCUUUAGUGGACAUGGCUCCGAAGUAUAUUUUGGAACAAUUCCUCGAGUCUGAGCUGCUCAUCAACAUUACCGAGCACGAACUUGUGCCGGAGCAUGUGGUUAUGACACCGGAAGAGAAACAGGAACUACUUGCAAGAUACAAACUGAAGGAGAACAUGUUGAUGAGGAUACAGGCUGGCGAUCCGGUGGCACGCUACUUCGGAUUGAAACGUGGACAGGUGGUAAAAAUCAUUCGACCCUCGGAAACUGCUGGACGAUACAUCUCCUACCGGCUUGUGUGUUGAUAAAUCAAGUGUAUCAUUCUAAUAAAACGGGCAACAUUAUGCCAAACCACGAAAACAACG